AAAAAUUUUUCUAUACACAUUUUUUAUUGCACGAGCUGUAUUUUAUGUCUACAACUAACUUUUCGGUCUCGUUUUUUGUCAUAAAAGGGCAAUAGUAAAAAUUUCCUUCAUAUUUCAGUUGCUGAAUCGCUCAGAAAUUAUUUGCACACACUCACACACAUACACAUAAAUACAUUUCACCAACAACUUUGUUGUUUCAAAUCAAAAUUUUUGGUGCACUGUCACACGGAUUCCGGUCAUGGAUUUCCUAUCCAUUAAUCAGCAGGUGUUCAUACGUCGCUCCGACGGGCGCAUCCACCAGGCUGGCAUCAUCAAGCUGGACGGCAGCGCCAAUAAAAUUGUGACGGUCGAAUGGAACGAGGGCGUGGUGACGCGCGGCAAGGAGGUGCCGCUCAACACGAUAAUCAAGCUCAAUCCGCAGAUUUACGACGCGCCUGCAGCAAUACGACCCUCACAGAACAAUACCUUGGUCUCCAUACCGCCGCGGCCGGCUCAAGCCCAGGCCAGCGGCCAGGGCCCCAAGGCCGUAAUGCUGGCGCGCCAGCGAAUCGCUACGGCCGUAAUGCCAGCGACGGCAGCGGCGGUGCCCCGCACCGUGCCCGAGUCCCCCAAGGACGAUGUCGUCGUGGAGAUCGAGCGACUGCGCGUCAAGCGCGAGCGACGCCGCCAGGUGCACGACGAGACGCGGGCGCUGCGCCAAUCGCUCAAGGACGCAGAUCCCAAGAAUCCGAACUGGGAAAUCGCACGCAUGCUGCGCAUGCAUCGCAUGCAAAUGACCUUCCAGCCGGAGAGCUUCGCAAGCACCCCCACCAAGCAGCAUCAGAUAUUGGUGUGUGUGCGCAAGCGUCCGCUGAACCGACGGGAGCUGAAUAAUUUCGAGCCGGACGUGGUGAGCGUGCCCAACAGGGAGCUGCUGGUGGUUCAUGAGCCGCGCAAGCAGGUCAAUCUGACCAAGUUCCUGGAGCACCACAACUUCCGCUUCGACUACACAUUCGACGACGACUGCAGCAACGCCCAGGUCCACGAGCGGACAGCCCGGCCGCUCGUCCGUCACAUCUUCGAGGGGGGCAUGGCCACCUGCUUCGCCUACGGCCAGACGGGCAGCGGCAAGACUCACACCAUGGGCGGCGUGUUCACGGGCAAGCAGCAGAACUGCCGCGAUGGCAUCUACGCCCUGGCCGCCGGCGAUGUCUUCGAGUACCUCCGCCAUCCAAAAUACGCUCGCCUGGGUCUCACCGUGAGCUGCAGCUUCUUUGAGCUGUACGGCACUCGGGUGUACGAUCUGCUGAUGCCCGGCAAGCCGCAGCUGCGCGUGCUGGAGGAUGGCAAGCAGAAGGUGCAGGUGGUGGGCCUCACCGAGGAGCCCGUGGCCAACACCGACGAUGUCCUGAAGCUGCUGGAGCUGGGCAACAGUGUGCGCACCUCCGGCCAGACCUCGGCCAACUCCAAGUCGUCGCGCUCGCACGCCGUCUUCCAAAUUGUGCUGCGCUUGCCCCCCAUGGGUCAGCUGCAUGGCAAGUUCUCGCUCAUCGACUUGGCGGGCAACGAGCGCGGCGCCGACAACAGCAGCUCGAAUCGGCUAACGCGGCUGGAGGGCGCCGAGAUCAACAAGUCCUUGCUGGCGCUCAAGGAGUGCAUUCGGGCCCUGGGACGUCAGUCGGCCCACCUGCCCUUUCGCGGAUCCAAGCUGACCCAGGUGCUGCGCGACUCGUUCAUUGGCGGCAAGAAGGUGAGGACCUGCAUGAUAGCCAUGAUCUCGCCCAGCCUGCGCUCCGUGGAGCAUACGCUCAAUACGCUGCGCUAUGCGGAUCGUGUCAAGGAGCUGACUGCCCACGCCCUGGCCAAGGGCAAGCUGCCCGCGCACAAAGCGAAUCUCGCCCAGAGCAACUCGCUGCCGGACAUCACGAGCCAGGCCACUCAGGUAAGUCGAGUCUCCUCGAGCGCCUCAAUGCCUGGCGUCGACACUCAUGCUGAGCACAUGCACAGCAUCUGGAAUGCCUAUACUGUCGGCUCGGCCCUGGAGGACGAAAAUCUGGCGUACUUCAACGAGGCCACCGACAACUACGAUAAUGGAAAUGGAGAAGCGACCAAGCCAUAAUAUUCCAAGCAUUCAAGCGAGAAACUCGUUCCACUUGAGUUUCAACAACAAGCCGAAUCCGUUGGCGCCACUAUCAACAACAAAAACAACAACAAAUACACACAGAAACAAAAUACCAAAUUUUG